AUGGCCUCAUCCACAGCCCUCUACGACGAAAUCCUCGACCUCGAAGAGGAAACCUGGAAAGCCCUCCAACGGCAAGGUUCCGAUCUGCUGCCUUUCCUCACCCGAGACUGCAUCAUGCAGUUCCCGAUGGGGCUGAAAGUUACAUCUCGAACAGAGCCUUCGGUGCAAGACAUAUUGCAUUCGCCGGCGUUUGUGCCGUGGAAGACGUUCAGACUGUCGAAGGUGGAUGUCACGCCGGUGGGAUCGGAGGGCGCUGUUAUUAGCUAUAGGGCGAUUGCUACGCGGCCGCCGGCGGCGAAGGAGGAUACGCAGGAUUUCGAUUUCGAUGCGUUGUGUUCGAGUGUGUGGCGAUUUGAGAAUGGGAAGUGGAUGAUGUGUUUCCAUCAGCAGACUAUGUCUGUUUGA